GAGGGCAAGUUUAUGUGAGUAAACAGCCGUGCUGGUGGAAAAGACAGCCUUGGUGAAAAUAUGUAAAAGAGAAAAGGAAGAUGUUGCAGUGUGUACAGCGGCUGAGUUAACAGAACCGUGGAUCAGUGAUCCUGUCAAGCCAGAGAAUGUAAGACGACAAAGCAGGCUGGGUGUAGGGGGGGAGGCACAGCGAGAAGAACUGCAAAGUUUGUGUUUCCACAUUUUCCCAUCAAAUUUAAGCUUCCACCUUGUAGCUCUCUGCCAAGGGAUGAGGAGGGGGUGAACGCUAAGUGGCUGGCAGACUGGUAAUACAGUACAUUUGCGCAUUGCAUUGUGGGAAGGGAGAACGACAUUAAACGUGCUGAGAUUUACUAGCUUGGUUGAGCUGCGGAGGAGCUAAAAUAGUGCUAUCCGUGGCAGCUGAGCUACAGGGGUGGAUGCAACGCUCCCGUCGGACAGACGGUAUGAGAGCAGGCAGGAAAAAUCAAGGAGCCAAUCAAGGUCCGGACAUAAAAGGAGGUUCAAUUCUCAUCUGAAGGAAGUGAAGAAAGGAGAGCAAAAGAUGAAGAGGAGGGGUACAGGAAUGGUUGUGUCUGAACUGUCAGAUGCAGAGAGCCCUUGGCAUUGAUAUGACCACGCCCCGUUCAAAGAGCCAGCAGCAGAUUCACUCUCCAUCCCACCAAGCCAAGCCCAUUGUUCAACCUCAGCAGCCCACGUCUCAGCCAACACAGCCGGUAGCAGCAGCACAGUCCAAACCUAUGGCACAGGCUCAAUCUGUCCAACAACAGCAGGGCCAGUCUCAGCCCUACAGGCAGCCGCAGCCUCACUCACAACCCCAGCCAUACUCUCAGACGCAGCAGUAUCUCCAAUCUCAAAACCAGUCAUACCCCUCUUCACAGCCAAGGCCCCAGGUCCAGCCACACGAAUCUCCAGGCUUACAAAGACAUACAGGCCCUGCUGGUCACCAGGCUCAAAUAGGGCAAUCUCAGCAGGGUAUGCGGUCCGACCCGUACUCCCAGAGAGGUCCUGGACCUUCAGGACCCAUUGGAGGUUCAAUGGGAGGCCCUGGCCAGCUUGGUGGUCCUCGCAUUCCCCACCCUGGUGCAGUUCCUCUACCGGGUUUGACAAAGGCACCUUCCCAGCCUGAAUUGGGCCGUGGCUCCCCAAUGCAUCAGUCAAUGGCACGGCACCAUGACCAAACCAGGAGUGCAGGAUCUUCCCCAGCUCACAGACCUCAGAGUCAGGCUCCUCCCCCUGCUCAGGAUGGCCUGACAAAACUUUUUGGCUUCGGGGCAUCACUCCUCAAUCAGGCCAGUACUCUGAUCAACGUAGACCCUCUACCCACCGCGUCCCCGCAGCCAAGCCCGGCACGAGGUAAAGUGGUGUUCAGCAAUGCAGCUUCAGACAACAGGCAGCAACAGCAAGGAGCCACCAGCACCAAGCUUUUUGGAAUGGGGGGUCCUAGUGCCCCAGGCCCACAAAGCCAAGGUCAAAUGAGAGAUCCCUAUCAGCCAUCAAUGAUCGGUCCUAAGACGUCAUCACUGACUGGAGUUCCUCAUGAUCCAAGUCAAGCAGGAGGAGGCAUGAGUGGACCACAUGCACCAGCUCAGAAGCAACAGCAGAAGACAACGCCCCAUCUCCAAGAAACUCAGCAACAGCAGUCUCCUGCUCACCAUCAAAAGGGGCAACAAGCAAAACAGCCGCAGUCACAAGGACAGCAGCAUCAGCAAACACCUUCACAUGAGCAGAAAGUGCCACAGAAGCAGGAGCCUUCUGCAGCUCCUGCUGUCAUACCGGAGCCAGAAAAGCCCAAGGUGAACUGUCCUCUUUGUAAAACGGAGUUGAACAUCGGCAGCUCUGAACCACCCAACUACAAUUCCUGCACACAGUGUCACAGCCAAGUGUGUAACCUGUGUGGCUUCAACCCCACGCCGCAUCUGGUGGAGAAAAAGGAGUGGUUGUGUCUAAACUGCCAGACCCAGCGGCUGAUGUCAGGAGGUGGGCUCGAUGAUCCUCCACUUCCCAUUCCUCAUCCUUCCCCCAAACACCAACAAAUGGGUUCACCUUGUCACCAGACACCAACAAGUCAGCAAAGCCCACUCCACAAACCCACCACUCAGCAGAUGGCUAAGCCAAGCCAGCCCCAGACACAAAAAACAACUCAGUCGGCAACAAGUGUUAGUGGACCAUCCAUCACCACAACUGCCAAACAGCCAACUGAAACCAAGACCACAGCACCAGCUCCAACAGCGGUACCAGCCACUGAGGCCCAGAAGCAGACGAAACCAACACAGGAGAAGCUCAAGACCGAAACAGAGAACCAAACAACCAAAGAGACUAAACCAAGUCAGAAGAAAGGAGAGCAGAUAACACCGAUCAAAGACAUCAAAAAGUCCAGACAAUAUGACGAUACAAAAAACAACAGCUCCCAUGACCUGUCCCGCAGCCCCCAGAGCCUCAGUGACACUGGCUAUUCCUCUGAUGGCAUCUCAAGUUCCCACAGCGAAAUUACUGGAUUAAUUCAGGAGGAGGAGAUGAAGCUUAGUGAGAGAGGAAUUAUUGGACGAGGUUCCCCACCAAGCCCCUCUGAGAUCACAAAGCUGGAGAGUUCCAUGAGGCCGUUGCUGGAGAAGAGCUUUUCUGAAGAGAAGGCAGAUAGAAGAGGAAGGAAACACAGAGACAGAGACUUGGAUGAUAGGGGGAAGCAGCGUCCACGUUCCUUAUCAAUCCCACCAGAUGCAUAUGACUCUGAUGAGGAAUUAGAGGGCAUAUUAGAGGAAGAAGAAAAUGUAGUAGACUGGGAGGGUAAGAGAAAAGAAGGGAAGGAUGAAAAGAAAGAAAAGAAAAAAAAAGAAAAAGAAGCUGAGCCCACUGAGAUGACCGACGAGGAAUUCAUGAGAAGACAAAUAAUGGAAAUGAGUGCAGAUGAAGACAUUGAAGAGGAGGAAGAGAUGGAAGAAGAAGAUGAUGAAGAAGACGAAGGAUAUGGCUACCAGAAACCAAAAAGGAGCCACCACAAGCAUAUGAUAUCAGAAUCGGGGAAGGAGAAGAGACGCCUUCAGCAUCACUCCAGCAGCUUUGAGGAGGAAACAAAAAGUUCUACCGAUGUCUAUAAAGGCUCACUGGAGGAGGGUGAAGAAGAUGUGAUGGCAUCACAAGGGGGCUUGAGGCGCUUCAAAACCAUUGAACUCAACAACACAAAUAGCUACAGUCGAGAUAUGGAACUGAACAAUGAAAAUGACUUAAGCCUUGAUCGAGAACCAGAGCUAGAGAUGGAAAGCCUAACUGGAUCUCCUGAGGAGCGUUCUCGGGGUGACUAUUCUUCAACGCUGCCACCCACAUCUUCUUCAUAUGGUUCUGGGCAGUCUCCUACAUCCAUCUCGUCAAUGGAGGAAGACAGCGAUAGUAGCCCCAGCAGAAGGCAACGACUGGAAGAAGCUAAGCAGCAGAGAAAAGCACGACAUCGUUCUCAUGGCCCUCUACUUCCAACCAUUGAAGACUCUUCAGAGGAAGAGGAAAUGAGAGAAGAAGAAGAGCUUCUGAGAGAACAGGAGAAAAUGAGGGAAGUAGAACAACAGAGAAUAAGAAGUACAGCAAGAAAAACUAAAAGAGAUAAGGAGGAACUGAGGGCACAGAGGCGAAGAGAGAGAUCCAAGACACCACCCAGCAACCUUUCACCAAUAGAGGAUGCUUCACCUACAGAAGAGCUAAGACAAGCAGCAGAGAUGGAAGAGCUUCAUCGUUCCUCUGCUUCUGAAUAUUCCCCACAAAGUCUGGACUCGGAAGCUGAGGGGUAUGAGUCUAAACUUUAUAAAUCUGGCAGUGAGUACAAUCUCCCUACCUUCAUGUCUCUAUACUCGCCAGUGGAGAAGUCCUCCACAACAACCACCACCACUGCACCAUCUUCAACUUCUAAAGCUCUGAAGAGUGCUGAGGAGGUUUAUGAGGAGAUGAUGAGGAAGGCUGAGAUUCUACAAAAACAACAGAAAUUACAGCAGCAGCAGCAACAUGGAAGACAUGCGCCUUACUAUGAAGAGGACAUCAAUGGACAAAAUUAUGAUGAUGACUAUGAAUAUGACCAAGAUCAAACAGGAUAUGAUGAUGACAGUGCAGAGAAAGAAACAGAUAUCUAUGAGGAGAUCAGACAAACAUCUCAAAACAUCACUAAGAUGCAGCAGGCCACUGAUGAGCAGGUAGAUAUUGAGAUUGAAAGCUCUUACCCAGAAAAACAGCUCUUAGACACCAGCUCAGCCUUUGCUAAACUGCUGGAGCAAAGCAAUGCUCUCUUAACUCCAGGGACCAGCCCGACCCAGAUCUCAGCUCCUGUUUCUUUCGCAGAGACUGGGGGCCGGAUACCUGACGUUAGAGUAAGCCAGCACUUUACCUCAAAGGAUGGACACAAAGACAAAAUUAAAGGCCAAUCAGGAAAGAAUGGGAUAACUCCAGCAGUAGCUGCUACCACUAUUGCAGCUUAUGGAGUUUAUGCCAGAGAUGCAGUAACUCUUUCUCAAACCGCAUCAAGCCACACUAUAACUUCUACUCAAUCCGACGUAACCCGUCGGCAAACAGGUAGUGGUGGCACAUCCUCAUCCACUGUCUCAAGUGUAUGUAGCAAGAUUGCAGAAAUUACUCAAGCCUACAGUCAGAGGGAAGUGCUUACCAGAAGGGUUGGCGAAACAAGAGGUGUCCAGGUACGAGAAAGUUCAACGUCCUCUGCUGAGAGGAUUAUUGAGCCACGUUCUCCCAAAUAUACUACCUAUUACAGAAGUACAAGUCCUCCUCUGUCUCCUUCACCGCCACCACCACAAAGCCCCACUCGGGUUCCUUCAAGAAGAGCUACUGCAGAGUUUUCAACACAAACACUAAACUCAGCAUUGCGAAUGGAGUCUGGUACAUCUGGCUCUACUUCUCCAGUUAUGGCACAGGGAACUCAAACACUGCCUCGAUCUGUUUCUCCUCGACUCUAUCGGCAGCAAUCUUCUCAGGAUGCUUCAUACUCUCCCCCCACAAGCCCAGCAAGGCCAAUGACAGUGAAUACUGCUACUUCUCCCCUAUCUUCACCUACCCGGUUCAGCCGCCAGUCAACAUUUGAGUCCUAUUCUCCAUGUGGCAGUCCUCCAGACACACCACCAUACCAACAGUCUCCCACACGGAGCUUCUAUCGAACACAAAGAGUGGAGAAAGUGAAUGUCGGAACAAGUAUGGUCACCACAGCCAGCAUAUACACCAGAGGGUCAGUCUCAAUGGACAACAUCUCCCUCUGUAGAAUAUCUACAGUCCCAGGCACAUCUAGGGUAGAACCAGGGCAUUUGAUUCAAGGUGGAAGUGUUGUGGACCUGAGAACAGCCACUAAGCCUGCUCCUAUAAUUAUGACUGACCAGGGAAUGGACCUCACCUCUUUAGCCACAGAUUGCAGGAAAUAUCAUGGUGGAUUAGAGAGCCAUAGACACUCAACAAUUGUACAGCCACUGAUUAUGAACUUGCACACCCAGGAGACCACCACACCAACCACUGUGAGUGUUACUGUGGCUGCAUCCAUGUUUAUGACACAGCCUAAGCAGCCAGUUGUUUAUGGUGAUCCUCAUCAAAACCGAAUAGAUCUAGGACAGGGCAUGGGAUCAGCAGUGUGUCUCUCCCACAAUAAAUCACCUAUUUCCCCUCCAAUUGAUCCUGCAAUACCUAAAAUUGAUGCCAAGCUAGAAGAUCUUAGCAUUCAACAGAGAGAGCUUCAAAAACAGCAAGAGAAGCUGCAGAAACAGCAAGAGAUCCUUGAACAACAACUACAGCAGCACCAUCAGAUGCAACAACAGGUCUCUACUCUAAACAGGUAUAAUCUUGCAGGCCAGAUUUCACCUUUACUUAAAAAAGACUUGUUAGUUAGCCAAACUAGCACAGCAUCAACUGUGGUUAGUGCUGUGUCACCUCUUAUUAAUCCUGAGCUAUAUGGCACUGGUCCUAUUGAGCUAAAAGGUAAACCUAGUCCUCCAGGUUUGAUGGUAGGAGGUAAAACACCACAUAGUAUGGUAGUGCAGAUGGAUGGAGGAAUGGAAUUAAGCAGGGCAGUAACUCAACUUGUGAAGGUAGAACAAGGACAGGAUGCUGUGGAUUUGACAGGUGGACAAAUUACAGCUGAUAACCAACCAGCUUGCUGUGAUGUUGUUUAUAGCCUUCCAUUUGGUGGAAGUUGUGUGGGUGUUCCAGAGAAAGAUGGCAUAAAGCCACCAUCAGCCCCACCUAUUGGCUAUGAGUCUGAACAUGAAAGGCAACCUGGAAGAUAUCAUGAGUAUCCAAUGGAUGCACGAAAAGCCUACACAUUACCUUAUCCUGGUAAACUUCAGCCCUCAAUGUCUGAUACCAACCUUGCUGAUGCCGGGCUACAAUCGUACUAUUCUAAACUAGAACCCCACCUUCAAACAUCAGGGGAGCCUGCCAUGGACCUCACUGCAAUGAAACAAAGCUAUGGAGGUUAUGUGGGGAUGCAAUAUGGGUCAUAUACAGAUUUGCGGCAUGGAGGGGACAUAGCAACCCAAACAUUGCCCAUAAGAAGAUUUAAUUCCUUGUCUAACAUUAGCUCAGAUUAUGGCUACUCUGCUCGUGACAUUGCUAACUUCCAAGAAGCUAAUUUGGCCCAGUACAGUGCUACAACCGCAAGAGAGAUCAGUCGAAUGUGUGCCGCACUUAAUUCAAUGGAUCGUUAUGGAAGCAACCCAGACUUGGUACAAUUUGGCAGCUUGGGAAGAGGUACUGGUCCAGGAGCCUCAAGGCUUGCAGCUGGGCUAGGAAUGAGACAAAAUCUCUUAUUUGGGCUUGAUGGAAAGCCAAUUUCUCAUGGUCAGGCACUGGCCAACCUUAUCAAUGCCAGACAGGCAAGUCUAAGAGCGAUGUACCCAGCUGCUAUACGAUCUUCGGAUGGAAUGAUUUAUUCCACUAUUCAGACACCCAUAGCAUCAACCCUUCCUAUCACAACUCAGCCUGCAUCUGUUCUUAGACCACUUCUGAGAGGCGUGUACCGGCCAUAUGCUUCACCCAACUUGACACCAGUGCCCCUUUCCAGUCUUAGACUACCAAUGAGCCCCAGAAUUCCUUUGACUGGGCCAGCCCCUGUCCGUUAUCCAGCACCAGGACUUCUUCAAACAACUUCAACCACUGCUACCACCACUGUUGCUGCAGCAGCAUCAGCACCAAUAGGACCCCUAGCUUUUGUGACAACAAUUCAAGAUGAGCCAGUCUACCUUGGCAAGGGUGCCAAAGUGACAUCCUCCUCAGCAGAGACUCCUCUGAUCCAAGGAGCAGUUGUCAUUCCAUCUGAGCCCCAGCAGCAGCCAAUAAACCUGUCCCAGGCACACCUGAAUACCCAGCAACAACAGCAAGAAAAACCAGGGACAAUGACACAACAGCCGCAAGCUCCUGCUACAAGCCAAACCUAUCCAUCCUCAAGCCCUGCACUCACUCAUGGCUAUCCCCAACCCCCUGUAGGCCCUUCUGUCCCCACUGCUGGCCUACCCAGUGCAGGUGGUCUUCCUCCCUUUCCUCCACCAGGUGCCAUACAUAAGGAAGGUGAAACCGAGGCAGAGAGGCUGCAUCGACAGCAAGAGCAGCUUCUACAAAUGGAGAGGGAGCGUGUGGAGUUGGAGAAGCUCCGGCAGCUCCGGCUACAAGAGGAGUUGGAACGGGAGAGGAUAGAGCUGAAACUGCACAGGGAGAAAGAGCAGAUGCUCGUGCAGAGAGAGUUACAGGAGCUACAGACCAUCAAGGAACAGGUCCUUCAGCAUCAACAGCAUGAACGUGAGAAACAACUUGUUCUGCAGCGGGAGCAGCUGGCUCAGCAGAAGGCCCAGCUCGAUCAGAUCCAGUCUUUGCAGCAGCAGCUCCAGCUUCAGCUAGAAGAGCAGAAGAGGCAGAAAUCAGCACAGAACAUACAGCUGGAUGUGAACGGAGAGCCGUUGCACCCUUACAUAGACUCUCAGAUGAGCUCCCGUUCCCUCCCCAACUCCUCCUCGGAGAUGUGCUUGAGAACGCAGGAGGACCACAUGGAGGCCAGGGCCAGCAUUAGGAAGCACAGCUCCAUGAGCAGGUUAAGCAGAGAUAAUCUGGAUGGAGAUGGUGUGGUGUUCUAUGGCUCCCCCCGCAGGAUUGUGGAUAGCUGUGUGCAAACUGAUGACGAAGAUGGAGAGGAGAGGUAUAUGAUACGUCACCGUACUAGGAGGCGCGGCCGCAGCGUUGACUGCUCCGUGCAGACAGAUGACGAUGAGGACAAGGCUGAAUCAGGACAUCCCGUUCGGCGAAGACGUUCCCGUUUCUCCCGGCAUUCUGAGUCAAGUGCAGCUGGGAGUAACUCUGCCUCGACAGCCACCUCAGCAACUGAAACCAAAAGUGAAGCACCCAAGAUGGUUUCCUCCAGCAUUGCAAUCCAGACCAUCAGGGAAAUGUCCUGCCAGACUGAGGUGGAACACUUAGGGAGAGUUUCCCCGUCAAUCCAUGUGACAAUGCCAGAUCCCAACAAAGUAGAGAUCGUUCACUACAUUUCCGGUCCUGAGCGGACACAAAAAGGACAAUCUCUUGCAUGUCAGACUGACUCAGAAGCCCAGUCACAGGGCGUUGUAGCUCCCCAGCUCAGUGUACCAACUACGAUCAGUCCCUAUUCUUCCUCCACCAGUACUGGAACACAGCAGUCUGGUUCUUCUGACAUGUUGACCCAGCAACGCCAACAGCAGCACAUCUCAGCCAAUGCUGCCAAGUUUGAGCGACGGCGGCCCGACCCACUUGAUAUCAACUAUCAGCCACACAACCACCUCCACAAUGAAUCCAUCUCCAGCAUCAUCAGACAGUCGCAGACAGCUCCAAAAUCUCCACAGGUCCUGCACUCGCCCGUCUCGCCAGUGUCCCCUCACCGCCUGUUAGAGGCCACUUUGUCGAGUGAGAGACUCAACAAGGCCCACGUCACACCGCAGCAGAAGUCCUACACAGCCGAGUCCCCACAACGACACCCAUCAAUGCCCCGACCAAUCAAGUCUGGCCAAAGGUCCAUGUCGGACCCAAAGUCCCUUAGCCCCACUGCAGACGAGCACACCAAGGCUAGACUGUCCCUGUACCAACAACAAGCAUUACAGAGUCAGUUGGCAGCCUUACAGCAGAGCUCACUGCUUCGAAAGGUCAAGCGAACCCUGCCCAGCCCUCCUCCAGAUGAGACUGCUCCAUCAGCUCACAUGCCCAUGAUGACACCUGUCCUCCAACAGGCCUACCUGCCCUCCAUGCCCAGCCUUAAGCCCAGCUCAAGGUCUGGUUUAGCCGCCAAAGCCAGCCUCCUUAAAGAUUUGACUCACGAGCUGAAGGCAGUCGAGCAAGAGUCCACUAAGCUACGAAAGCAGCAAGCUGAACUGGAGGAGGAAGAGAAAGAGAUUGAUGCUAAGUUGAGAUACCUUGAACUUGGAAUUCACCAAAGGAAAGAGACACUGGUUAAGGAGAGGGAAAGAAGAGAUAUCGCCUACCUGAGAUGUAUGGGGGACACUCGGGAUUACAUGUCUGACAGCGAGUUAAACAACUUGCGUUUAGCAGCUGCAGCUGCUUCACAUGAGACCAAUGGACUAGUUACAACCAGACCAAGUACUGCUCCCCUUAGCCAGUUUUCCAGUGAGCUCAGCAUGGGGGGCCAGUACCCACCAACUUCAUCCUUCCUCUCUAGUCAAUAUCCCCAGAGUCAACCGGCAGCACCAUCUCAGCAAUCAAGUGCUCCAUAUCAAUCAUCUACAUUCAAUCAGCCUCCCUAUCCAACAGUAUCCCAAUCACAGGCAUUGCCACAACCCACACCUCUUCAAAGCCAUGCCCCACCUCCUGGACCUUCUUACCAGUCCCAAACAUCAUAUCCAUCCCACACCUAUCCUCAAACUCAGCCCCCAUAUCCCCAGACAGACUUGGGAAUACCAGCAGCACCUCAGCCUCAACCAGGACCCACAGGUUUUGGACCUGCACCCCCUGGUCAGCCCCCAUACCCCACCCACAGCUCACCUUAUCCUAGUGCUGUGUCCUCCUACCCCAGCCAGACAGCUCCAUAUCCUGGGCAACCACAAGCUGAUAUCCUGACAGUUCAUCCAGGAAGGCCUAGGCAGACCUCACUGGCUGAUCUUGAGCACAAAAUGGCAACCAACUAUGAGACAAUUAGCAACCCCACAGUUGUGGUGACAACAACUGCCCAAGAUGCUACCUUCUCAAGUGCACCUCCAUCCUAUGGUCAAUACACAGGAACAACAACCAUGGCCAGCUCCUAUGGGCCAUAUGGCUCUGCACCUGUCUCCAGCAGCUAUAAUGGAUACUCCACAAUGCCACCCAGUACCUAUGGUCCAUAUACUUCCGCAUCAGUUAGUACAUAUGGCCUGUAUACUACUACCAAUGCUAAUACUUAUGGCUACACCACCACUACUGCCAGCUCCUAUGGACAGUAUCCGUCCACAGUUUCCAGUGCCUAUGGACACCCAGUUGACAGCCCUUCCACCUACAGCACAGCAAACGGAAUGUAUGGGGCUCCUGGCUUAGAGCAAAACAUUCCAAGAAACUACAUGAUGAUUGAUGAUGUAAGUGAGCUGACGGCAAAGGAUGGGCUGGGCACAACAACAGGGGACAUGAUGCAUCAUGGCGGCGGUGGGCGUUACCAGGGCGACAUCCAUGGCCACAGCAGCACCACUGGCAGCACGGCGCGUGGGGGAACUGGCAGCUCUCCUUACGGCAGGGCACCUGAGGAGGAAACAGCGAUGCAGGAUGAGCUGUACGACCACCAUGGCAGGGGUAAGAGCAGCUACAGGCACGGACCCCUAGGGGGCAGCAGCAGCGUGAGCACUAGCAUGGGUGGGGGAUUCCCCUUUUACUAUGACUACGACGGCAAACAUGGCAGCAUCCGCUCUGGGGUACAGAAAAACGUAUUCUCCAGAAGCCUCCUGGCUCCUGCUGUCAUGUCCUCAAAGCGCAGCAAGCACAGAAAGCUGGGGAGUAUGGAGCAGAAAAUCUCAAAGUUUUCCCCCAUUGAAGAGGCACGGGAUGUGGAAACAGAUCUGGCCUCCUACUCCUCAACAACCGGUGGGGCAUACCCUUCCUCUAACAUUCGAGGGCGUCAGCUGAUGGAGGAUUAUGGCUUUAAGAGGAGUGCUUACGAGGGCGGCAGUGGCACCGCUCAUGGUAGUCGCUACUAUGGUAUGAUGGUGGAUGACGAGGAUCGGAUUUACUACACCUCCACUGGCCGUUCUCGUUCCCAUGGCUACGGCAUGGACAAAAUCUCAGCCAAAGACUACCAUGGGCAUCGCAGCCGAUCCUACGAGAGAGACGACCGCUCCUACAGCGCUGGCCACAGGGGGCGCCACCCAACCAGACAGUACUCUGAGGAGGAGAGUCCAAUUAGCCCCUUGGGGAGGCUCAUGAGUUCUGGGCGAUCUUCAAGCUUAGGUCCCGACCCGUAUGACAGUCGCAGCAGUAGACAUCCUUACUAUUAUGGACAAUAUGGUUCUAGUCACUCGCUGCCAGAUGUUCAAGACCACAUAGGAGACCUCCCACGGACCCAUGUCUACAAAUCGGAUGAUACUUACAUGAUAGAUGAUAAUUAUUGCGCUGUGUCAGACAGUGAAGCCUACCAUCUGGGCCAGGAAGAAACAGACUGGUUUGAGAAGCCACGCUCCAGUUCUCGACACUACAGCGGCCACUCAUCUGGGAGGAGUCGGCACAGUGUCAAACACACCUAUCAUGAUUAUGAUGAGCCUCCUGAGGAGGACUUGUGGCCUCAGGAUGAGUAUGGCCAAGGAGGGCGACACUCAUCUUCCCGUGACCACAGGCAUCAUGGCAGUUCUAGCCGCCACUCGUCAUCACGCCACUCUGAUGAAUUAAGAUCCACAAGGUCUUCUAAAGGGCAUCCUAAAGACCCUUUGAUGCGUCACGACCCCUCAGGACGGUCGUCAUCUUCAGGAAGGCGUGGUGAGUCAAGGUCUGGGGGGUAUCACUCUACUGACUAUCGGGAUCCAUCAGGACACCAUCAUGGCCAAAGGUCCUCCAGGCAGGGAGACCCGCACAGGUCCUCACGCAGCAAAUCCCAAGGUCCGGUGGACAUGCAGGGCCAACCACCAGGCUCCUCCAGAUCUGGUAGCAGCUCUGUGCGGGGUCAAGGGUCUGCAGGUGGGCCUGCAGGAUCAGGGAGACAAGGUGGGCCAGGUUCUCAGACAGAUGGAACUCAAGGACAGAGGACGCCGCUCCAGCAGCAAUCCCAAACAUCCGCCAAUAGACCGGGUCAACCUGGUACCAUGACAACUACUGGGCCUCAGCAGCAGACCCCAGCCCAAGGACAAGGCAUGGGGAUGGGAGUGGGCCUGGGUCAGGGUCAGGGUCAGGGUCAGGCCAAGCCAGGACAGAUGGGACCAGCAGGUGGACCGAUGGGCCAGGCUAGGCAGACAGGUCCAGCAGGAACCACACCGUCAUCCAUGACGAAGAUCGAGACGCCUCCAGCAACAGCUAUCGGCGCAAAAGCUGCACCCAUCAUGGCCUCAAAGACCGCCGGACCCCCACUAACAGGAAUAGGCUCCAAGGCGGCUCCUAGACCCGGAGGAAUUGGCAGCGCAGCGGCCGGUCAGCCGGGCAUGGAGGGAGAAGGCAUGUUUUCAAAGAUCCUGCCUGGAGGAGCCGCAGAGCAGGCUGGCAAACUGGGAGAAGCCAUUUCCGGUUUUGGCAAAAAGUUUACCUCUCUCUUCUGAGGUAACAACAUUAAGGACUAUUAAAAUAUAAAAACAAAAAAGUGAUGAGGCCUCUUACCAGAAAAACCUGCAAAGUUUCCUCUGCUGAUUCUUUACUGAGAGAGAAAGAAAAAGAGAGAGGAAAGCGAGAGCAGAACUGCGUUAACUGCCAACACGGACUGAAAUCCUCCGGAAACUUCAUGUCUUGAAGCUGAGCACAGCUCACUGCCAGAGAGAACCUGCAGCUCUCUGACAGGCCAGACAAUCAGUAAGUUCAAGCCAACAUCCAACCACCGGUGGGCUCUUUUACUUCAGCCACCCUCAUCCCAGGAACAAAAACCUGCAUCAGCCACCAAUGUCCACCCCGUUCGUUACGAAAGAUCAGAUUGGAGCAGCAAACCAUGGAAAACUGUCGUAAUUUGGCCGGCGGUGAGAGCCACUCAUACACAGCAGAUGAACACCGGAUGAACCUACAUCACACCUCCGACCAAACUAGACUCUGCCCUCUUAGUGGAGGGAGGUCAAGAUCCUCAUUUCUACUCUCAAAUGUUGACAACGCCAUUGUGCUGCUUCUUUUUCCUGAUGGGGUGCGCAGGAAGUUACAGCUUUAGCAAAAGUACGGUGGCCUGCAGGAACCUCUGGUGUCACAGUCGUGCUCAGAACAAGAACGUGGGCAGCAGUUCAUCCCUCUCCUCUUUUCUGUCUCUUCUCUAAGUAAAGUCAGAGUGUGGAAAAUGUCGAAACACGCUGGUUUUUCUGGUACGAAAGACCUCUAUAGCAUCACUGAACACGAACAAGGAUCUUGAGUCAUGGAUAAAGCUGGACAGGAAUGUCAUGUUGACGACAAAAAGCUGCGUCUGUGUGUUUCUGUCAACAGCUUCCUGUUUCUUUCUACAUUCCAGGUUGGAACCGUGUCCUUUCUCCUCUUGAAAGCUGAUUCUUUCUUUCUAAUUCUAAUCUACUACUUGCAAUGUCUUUAAGAGAAGAAAAUAGUGGAUUACACACACAAAAAAUGUAGGAACGCAUGGGACUUUGUAUCCAAGACCUUACACUGUUCAUCAUUUCUAAACAGAGGCCAUAAAGACAGUUGGAGAAAAAUAUUGGUGUUGUAAAAGAGGGAACGUUCAUGCAGCAACUCAAAGUGAUGAACUGUAAAAACAAGAGGAGCCUCCUGUUUAUUGUGGUUUUUUUUUUGUUUGUUCUGGUUUUCAGCAUGAAGCUGUGUGUGGUAGAGGUACCUUUUAGCCUUUCAAAAGCCAUCAAGACAACAUUUACCUGCAGUAACUCUUCAGCUGCUCGACAAAUCUGGCUCUCAGAAGUUUCUUAGGUUAUUUUCCUUCUUGUUUUUUACCUGUUUUUUAUGUUAUGCCUUAAUCAUUUUUAAACGUGUUAUUUUGAAGUGAGAGUCUCACUAUUUUUGUUACGUCGUGUGAUUGUUUUCUUCAUGUCCCUUUUUUAAGUAAUAACUGCUGGAGCAGCAUCUACAAAGAGAUUCAUCUAUAUAUAUUUUUUCAAUUAGUAUUUCUUUUAUAGUUGUGAUAAAACUUAUUAUUUUAUUUUAAACUUUUUAUUGAGUUCAACCCCUCAAUUCCUUUUACUUCAUCAUAAAAGCAAUAGAUUAAGAGGUAAGAGAGCAAAUAGCACAAUUUGGUGUCAUUUUAGAAUUUGACAGAAUUGAAAUGUGUUGCUUCUGUUUGUCACACUUACUACUCCCAAUUUUCAACUCAAGUCCGACUUAAACCUACCACAGAAUGAAUUCCAAUAUUGUGCUGCUGUCCAGUAACAGCAGAGAUCAGAUGUUGGCAAAGUUGGUACCAUCCAGAUCUUCGACUCCAACUGACGGUGAGACCUCGGUGUGGUCAGUCAGCGGAUCAAAGUGAUACGCCGCUCACAUGAGCCAGCUGGAGACUUACCUGAAGCACUGCAGGGCAGCAGAGAGGCCUCGAAAAGCUAAGCAGUUACUCCGUGGAGGACUGACUUCAUCACCUGUGGGGGCUUUGGCCUUUUUGAUGGGAUUCUUCUGAUCCUCCAAGAUGGACAUUUACUGGGAGCGUACAAAAAAACCAAACUCCUCAAGCAAGCGUGUGCAAGCAUGUGUCUUCACUUGUUCAACUGUGCACGUGACAGCACACUCCUGAUGUUUCCGAACAGGAAAAAAAACAACAACGAGAAACCGCACUCAUGUGACUGAGGAACCAACAGUAACACACAUGGUUGUGUCACAAAGUCACUCGCCUUUUUUUUACGUUUGAUUUUUCUAUCGUGUUGGAGUCUAGACCUGUAACACAACUCCCCCUCAAAAAGAAAAAAAAAGAAAAAACAACAACCUCAGACUGUCAGUUGUCAUGGAAACUUCUCAGGUUAGUGUUUGCCCUGCUGUUGCUCCUGCAGUGCAUUGUGGGAUCUGUGGUACGGUUCUGAGGACACAAUCUCCUUCCGGCCCAUCGUUGCGAGGCCUUCAGCGCAACGGACGGAACGACCUACAAACUUCUGCUGUAUAUUGUCUGUGUGAAUGCUCGCUGGGAAACUUCGCAUGCCGCCCAGCGCAGAAAACCUCAGUCACCUCUAUAUUGUUCUGUUGCUAAUGUUUGUAUGUAUGUGUGUGGGAGUUGUGUAUGUGUGUAUUUAACAACCCUCAUCCAAUGCGGAAAAGAAAACCAGGCAAACACGAUUUCAUCCAGGCGACCUCUCAUCUCCAGUCAUUCUAUGCAAUGAGUCAUAUUUGGAUUGAAGAGUAACGCAGGGAAGUAAAGGCUUCAGAAAAGCAACGAAAAGUCACAAUCAUUGUUCAUGACUCCUCAGUUCUCAUAAUUUUAGUUUACUCCAGAAAAGGAGGAAUACUUAACGGGUUCACAUAAUCCUGAUCAGGGUCCCAUCUCCUCUGAACUAGGGAGCCAAAGACGCCUACGCUGGAAAAAUUGGGUCUAUUAUUUUAUAUCUUUUAAAAACUGCAUCAUUGCCUUUAUAAAUGUGACAACGCUUGAAAUUAAUUAGUGGAAAUUGUAAUCCAAUGUGCUGAAAAAGGAGGCCUCCAUACUUCCAGCUUCCGUUCUGGAAAGAAGUAGUGGGUUGCCAUUUAUUCAAUCACUUCCUCAUUUCAAGAGGAAAUGAAGAGGAAAACAUGUUCCAAACUAUGUACUUAUUCUUUAGAACAGCCAAUUUAAAUGUCUUAAAGCGAGAAAAAAGAAAAAAUACCUUCAACUUGAUGAAGAGAAGCAUUAUUUUUUAACAGCAGUGAACACUACAGUAGGCUUGAAGGUCUUUGAAGGUUUUGACUAUAUUUCUAUGAUGAUAAAACUAAUGUAAAAGUAUCUAAAACUGUCAGUGGUAUGAGGUAAAAGUGAUAUGACAACAAGAACCAGGAUUGUUUGAGUGUUUUCUGGUAAUUCAAGAAUGUUGAGAUUAAAACCUCAUUUAGGAUAAACACCUUUUUCAAUUAAAUAUAUUAACGACUGAAAGUAUUCUUUCCUAAGCCAAUGAAAUUCUAUCAAAUAGAGCUUAAGGGUCUCAGACCCCUUCUAUUACAAUCAACUUUGAUCCAAAAAUAUUCUGUAAACCCACAGACGGAUAAAUCUGAAGGUUAUAGAAAUUCAGAUUAGAACAGAUUCAUGCAGUAUGAAAAUAGCCCCUAUAUUAUCCUUAGUUACCUUCAAAAGAUGCCAAUCGGCAUAGAAAUAAACAAUAUUUAUAUUUUCGUAGGAAGUUUUAAGUAAAUCAUCUAUUUAAGAACUUAUUUUAUGAAAUAAAACAGACAGCUGCCUGGCACUGAAGAAUAUAGAGGGAAAUAAAUCUAUAGAGUUAGAGAAUAUGUUGAAGGAGAUUUUAUUUAUUGCUGGAUUCAUGCGCAUCCAUAACAAUCAGAUUAAAAAUAUAGCAUUUUUUGAGUAUAUUGUUAAUUGUAUUUAUCACAGUGAUAUUUUUUAUAUGAAUGUGCUGUUUUACAUUUAUACACAUUGUUAUUCAUACCACAUACAUUUUAAAUCCCCCUUUUUUUGAUGCAGAUCAAAAAUGAUGUGUAAAAAGAAUAUAUAUAGAGAGAGAGAGAGAGAGACAGAGACAUCUAUUCUAAAGUACCUUUGAUUUAUUUAUUCUUUUUAAAUAUGCUGAGUUUAACUGCCAUAAUCGCAUUAUUCUGGCUCUGCCUAAAUCUUUAUUUUCCAUUUUAGUCUUUAAGACGUGACCACACAGGUACACUGCCGCCAGAUUAGUGACUUCAACAAGAUUAGAACUACAUGUCAAAGUAAACUAUAAAUAUAUUUACCCAAGUAGAUAACUUCCAUUAUUGUGUGUCGCAUGUUUUUGGAAGUUUAUAAAAAAAAUACACCAAGAAAAUAUUCAAUAAAAUGAUCACUCUUGCCUCAGGAAAGCACACAGUAAAAUGCAGCAUCGUGUUGAGGGCAGUGAAGAGACUCCGGCAGGUUUUGGGAGUUUAAAAGACUUUGUGGCACAGUUGGGAUCGGCUGUGAAGCAGAGAGGGUCUGUAACACGCCAGAGACACAACCGCAACAACGUCGAAAAGAAUUGUGUUGGAAAGUGGAAACGUCCCUUGCUUUCUGCUCCUACAGCCACCCCAAGGGAACUUAAAUAUGCAUAGCAGCAAGGGCUUUUAUACUAAAAUACUGGUUACUGAUGAAAGCCAUUCUGUUACUGCCGUCUGGCCAGUCAUGAUCUCUGUCUAUGCUCUGUAUGGGAUAUGUCUACAUCCAGGAAAGCAAUGGCCUUACCGUCAGGACCGUGAUCACAGUAAAUCACAGCAGUGGGUGAAACCCCAAAGCCACGGCCUGGUUUCUAAGGGUUUUUUGAAGCACAACUAUUUAAAAAAAUUAAAGCUAAUCAAAGACUCAUCUAAAGCUCAUCAGUGAGGGAUUUCAAAAAGCAAAAACUUGCACAGUAUCAGGAGCUGUAAGUUGCGCAUUCAUUGAAAUAGAAACAAAAUAAAACCAUAAUUUGUGGUUUUUAGGUCAAAACUAGAGAAUUCUUGAUCAUUAAGCUUAGGAAUUUUGCCAUUUUAUGUUUUAAAGGAAGUUAAAACUCACAUUUUACUCAAAUGAUUCAGGAAGUAGACAGAUCAAAUUUGUUGCAUGUAACUGCAGCCUGAAGUCCUCAAAGGAAAGCCAGGCUGUCUGUGAUUGUACGUUUCCUUAACCAAAAAAUAAAAAAUACAAUAAAAAAAGGCGUGAUGCCUGCACUAAGCGUCACCGCUCUAUGUUGGAAGACAGUCGAUGUCGGUGUACAGAACCACAGAGAGAUUUUCAAACAAAAGAAAACUAAUUGAAUGCAGAAGUAAGCAUCUGUGAGAAUCACUGUAAAGCCGUCCGGGAGCGUUUCAUUCCCCAUCUUUCACCUGCAUUGACUCAUUAAGAUAACGUGAAUGACCCAAACGCCCUCCCCACCCCUUUCCUACAUCCACUUUUUCCCCCCUUGACGCCCCACCUCACUGACUGCCAUCUUCUUUCCCAGUGUAAAUACCAGACAAGAGCAGAGCGGAGUCCACGUCUGACUGACCUGUAAAUGCCAUUAAAAAAAACAAAAAACCAAGGCAUGUCCUGUAAAACGUGUAAAUCUUAAACAUGUUAACUCGCUGCAAUACAUACACACACUGACACACACACACACAUAUGCAGGGGAGGCAUUUGUGAGGCGAUACAAGCAGGGGAGUAUGCCGAACUUGUGCUUUUUGUGGGUGAAGAUAACAAACGAGCAGUAAUAAUUGACAAGUUGCGUUGUGUACGUAUGUUGCCGGCUCGUACGGACGGUUCAACAAAAAACAAAUGAAGUGCUGUAUUCGGAUAUGAAAAAUAUCAUAAUGGUCUGUGUAGAAUUUCUAUACAUGUUGUGUUUGUUAAAUGAAAUGACAACAAAAACAAAGAAGGGAAAAACAUUCAGGCUUCCAAGUGAUUUUUUUAAAUUUUGAUUUUAAAGUGUUUACGGCAAGAAAGGCAAUAGGUGCUAUAGAGUGAUGGGAAGAUGCCUAGAAGGGAAAUAUAAAACAAUCCAACUGAUAGAGGAAAAAGGAAGAAAAUAAAAAACAGAAAAAGCUUGUGAGCCUAAAAAUGACCACAAAGUGUUCCAUUCACUGUUGUAAGUGCAAUGAGCUAAAUUUCCUGUUUCCCCAUUGUAAAACCUUGUGUAUGUUUCCGUGUAUCCCUCUUGUAAAUGAGUGUAGUAGACCUGGUGCAUCAUGCCAUGUAAUGUGAUGAAUGACAAAUUAUGACCUUACAAUACAUUUCAAUCAGGAAGAAAAUUAAAAGACAAAUAAAAACAA